AUGGCUCCGAAAGCCGCCGCCCUCGAAGCGGCACUGAAGAAUGCAGUCCGAACCCUCUACGAAGAAGUAGGCGACCAAAUCAGUGUCAACGCAGUACGCAAGCAAGCGGAGGACGAAAUGGGCCUUGACGAGGGUUUCUUUGUAUCAGAAGAUUGGAAAGCGAGGUCUAAGACGAUUAUUAAAGAGGCGAUGGAUACCGUCCUCAACGAGGCGGAGGAGGAUAAUGAACCAAAACCUUCCCGCACAAAGCCGAAAGCGCAAACAAAGCGCUCCAAAAACACCCUCAAGCGCGAGUCCAGCGAACCCGAGGAACCCUCAGCGAACAAGCGGCGAAAGAGAGAGGCUGCUCCAGCUGCAACUAAGAAGAAGACGGUCAAGAAGGAUACGUCUUCCUCUGACCUCUCAGAGCUUUCAGAGUUGAGUGACCCAGAUGAACCACCAGCGAAGAAGAAUAGAGCCACCAAGAAAGCUCCGACUAGAAAGAAGGCAACGCACCCGGUAGACUCAGAUAAGGGAUCGGACGAUUCGGAUGGGGAGACAUCCGACGUUAACAUGAAUGACGGUUCGGAAAGUGAGGUAGAGCCCAAGCCCAAGGCUAAGGCUUCAAAGCCCAAAGGGAAGCCAACUGCCGCAUCUUCAAAGAAGAAAGGAAAACAGCCCGUCGCUUCAGACAAUGAGUCUGCGGAUGAAAAGGAAGAAAGACCCGAUAUGGGUAACAAAAUCGAGGAGGACGGUGCCAAGGAAGCGAGCCCAAAGGCAAAACCGGAACAGGCUACCAGCCCCAAGCAAUCAACAGACCCCAAGAUCACGACGAAGCAAGACGACUCGGAAGACUCGCCUCUGAGCGAUGUCGUGGAAAGCCCAUCCGGCAACGAGGAGGAGAAGAAGCAGGCAGUUGAACACGACUCCGACAGUUCCAUGUCCAUAGUAUAUGACGAGCCUCCUAAGCGGAAGAAAGGCAAGUCCAAGGGGCCUGCAGAACCAAAGGCGAAGAAAGCUGCGAAGGCAUCGAGCAACAAGAAGACGGCAGCUGCGGAUGCCGCUUCACCAGACGAGUUGGAGAUCAAGAAAUUGCAAGGACAGCUUGUGAAGUGUGGUAUCCGCAAAAUCUGGGCAUUUGAGCUGAAGCAGUAUGGCGAUGACACAAAAGCAAAGAUCAAGCACCUCCGAGGUGUGCUACGUGAUAUCGGGAUGGAUGGUCGGUUUUCUGAGGCAAAGGCGCGUGAGAUUAAGGAGAUGCGGGAGCUUGCAGCUGAUCUUGAGGCUGUCCAAGAGAUGGAUAAAGCUUGGGGCGUUGGCGGUCGGGCCUCAAGAAGCCGGGCUGCAGCCUCGAAGACCAAAAAAAAGCUGGCAGAAGACAGCGAGGAUGAUGACGGCGAUGGCGAGGAUCGCACCGGCGGAAAGAGCGAUGCUGGCCUCGAUGAUAAUGAUGACGACGAGGAGGAUGCCGCGGUGAGUCGGACUGAGCGCGGCGAACAGGACACAAAGAAGCGCAUCAAGGGCGCCCUGUCGAUUUUGCUGCAGAGAGUCUGCUCAAACCAGUCCACGGUAGAGGUCUCGCAUAUCGCUUGGCAACCGGGCAUUUUGUCUCAUCUAGUGGCAUUCAUUCUCUGUGCUAUUAAGCUGAAAACAGCAACUGAGCCCAUAAAUAAUACGGCAUUGUAG